CUGGUCAACAAGUCUUCUCUCUUUUCUUAAGUUAACUUCAAACGAAAAUUUUUUUGCAAUGAAAGCCUGCUUCAUCAUUGCUAGCCUAUUGGCUAUAGCCUCUACGAAUUUAGCUUGGGCGCGCACUCUCGCCGAAACGGAUUCAGCCGAAGUCGCGUUGGAUGGACGCAUUGUUGGCGGUUACACUGUUGACAUCACAGCGCAUCCGCAUCAAGUUAGUAUGCGUUUGAAGGAUGUACUAACACCGGAGGAGAGUUAUUCACAUAAUUGUGGCGGUUCCAUUUACUCCACGUACUURGUCGUGACAGCAGCCCAUUGCGUGAUGGGUAAUGUGGCCAGUGAAUAUCAAAUUGUCGCAGGUGCCAAUGAGAAACGUAGCGUCAACGGUGUAGUUGUGCCCGUUAAGGAGUUCAUUAUACAUGAACAAUACAAUCCAAACAUCUAUAACAAUGAUAUUGCGCUGGUGGUACUCGGUGCACCCUUGCCGAUUAAUAAUGUGACUAUUAAAGCAAUUCCUUUGGCGGACAAACCCUCAGCCAACGGCGCUAUCUCCGUUAUUACUGGUUGGGGUUCGCUCAUAGAGGGCGGUACUAGUCCAGAUCUAUUACAAGAAGUCAAAGUGCCGAUUGUCAGCAAUGAGAUAUGUCAGCAGGAUUACUUGGACUUUGUCAUUUCGGAUGCUAUGUUGUGUGCGGGUGUUCGCGGCGUUGGUGGUAAGGAUGCGUGCCAGGGUGAUUCCGGUGGUCCCUUAGUGGUUGACGGAAAGUUGGCUGGUGUGGUGUCAUGGGGCCUUGGCUGUGCAAGAGCAAAUGCUCCAGGCGUUUAUGCUAAUGUCACACAUUUGCGGUCRUGGUUGGAUGAAAAGAUUGCUGAAGUAGAGUCYACAUUGUUGUACUAAUGUGGCAAAUUUUAUGCUAAUAUAUAGUAUUUUCACGUAUCAAUGUAUUGUGUAAUAGUUUUUCUUCUAUUUGGUAGUUUGGUUGAAAUAAAUAAUUGAAAGUGUAUUUUUUUUACUGGGAAUAUAAAUGAAGCAAAAUUAA